AUGUCGGCAGAUUUCGAGGUACAUUUGAAACCAACGAAUGAGACCUUUGUGGAUGAACCUACAUCUUUACAGGAUGUGGGAAUAGAAGAAUUAGUUUUUGAUCUAGAAAAUAAUAUUAAAAACAUCAACAAGUUGCAUGUGUACCAUGCAAUGUGCAUCUUCAAGACCAAUUUGGAAGAUAUCAUAAAACUUCAAAGCAAUGAAGAGUUAUUCAGAAAGUAUAGAAGGGAGACUUUCGAGAAGUAUGAUAUAGACACUAGUAUAGAAGAAGUAGAACGUAGAGAUAGUGAUUGUAGUAAUGAUGAAAGCAGUGAACUCGGCAGUGGUAGUAACUGCAGCAGUGAAGAAAUUUCUCUGAACAAAGAUGACUACAAUUUUGGUGGCAUUGGAGGAAUUUCGUCCAAAAUAACUAGCAUGUCUACGCCUCCUCAGCGUUCUGACACACUGCCGGACUCUCUGCCGCUCAAAUUUGCUAGAUUGAAUGACAAUUUUGCUGAGAUACCGUUGUUAAAGGAAACUACUCCGGAUUCCCUUGAAGAUCUGGAAAUUUACCCCAACGAACCUGUUCCUGAGGGCCCAUAUGUUGCUAUUGAAGAGUUAAUUAAAAAUUCCAAUAUUGAAGAUUCUUUAGAGCAAAAAAUAUCGUUCAAAGAAGAGCUAGAAAACGAAUUGCGUUACAACAAUUCUAAGAAGAUAAAGCUGCAAAACUUGCACAUAUUGAAAAGUUUUGGAUUGGCUAAGAAGCCAAGUUUGUCAAUAGAAGAGUUUUUAAUUAGAUUGCAAACGUAUUCACCUUCUAUAUCGGUGCUGGUAUACAUUCACUCAGCUGUGAUGAUAUAUAAGCUUUGCAUUUUACUUAACGUAGUACAAUUGACAGAGUUGAAUGUCUAUAGGUUUAUCUUAGGUCUGAUCAGAUGCCUGACAAAGAAAUUAGAAGAUUUGUACCAGAAGCAAAAGGCUUUUUCAACUGUUGGAGGUGUUUCUCAGAGAGAUCUUUUCAAAAUUGAAGUUGGGUUUUUAUAUCUAACUAAUUUCAAGAUUGUAGUUGAUGAGAAAAGACUCCAGGCAUUUUUAGAGGGUAGUUUCUUAGAGUUAAGACGGUUUAUGAAAGAAAAUUCAUAG